AAGUUAUUUUCAAAAUUUAUAGAGUUAUAAGCUAAGUAGUUGAAAUAUAUCUAUACAUAUAACUAAUCAAACAUGGCUAAAAUUAAGAAGAGAGGUGCUUCUGGUAAUGCCAAAAACUUCAUUACCAGAACUCAAGCUGUGAAAAAGUUACAAGUUUCAUUAGCUGAUUUCCGUAGACUUUGUAUUUUCAAAGGUAUUUAUCCAAGAGAACCAAGAAAUAAGAAGAAGGCCAAUAAAGGUUCAACUGCUCCAGUCACAUUUUAUUAUUCCAAAGAUAUUCAAUACUUAUUACAUGAACCUGUGUUAGCUAAAUUCAGAGAACAUAAGACAUUUGCCAAAAAAUUACAAAGAGCUUUAGGUAGAGGUGAAGUAAGUGAUGCUCAAAAAUUAGAACAAAAUCGUCCAAAAUAUACUUUAGAACAUAUAAUUAAAGAAAGAUAUCCUACUUUCUUGGAUGCUUUAAGAGAUCUUGAUGAUCCAUUGAAUAUGUUAUUCUUAUUUGCUAAUAUGCCAGCCACUGAUAAAGUUAGUCAUAGAGUAACGAAAGAAGCUGAAAAGUUAUGUAACCAAUGGUUUGCUUAUGUUGCUAAGGAAAGAGUUCUUAAAAAGGUAUUUGUUUCUAUUAAGGGUGUUUAUUACCAAGCUAAUAUUAAAGGUCAAGAAGUUAGAUGGUUAGUUCCAUUCAAAUUCCCAACUAAUAUUCCAACUGAUGUUGAUUUCAGAAUUAUGUUAACCUUCUUAGAAUUUUAUUCUACUUUAUUGCAUUUCACUUUAUUCAGAUUAUAUAACGAUGCUAACUUAAUUUAUCCUCCAACUAUUGAUAUUGAGAAAUUAAAGGGUAUUGGUGGACUUUCAUCAUUUGUUUUACAAUCAAAGGAACAAGGUGUUAAUGCUUUAUUACCAACUGAAAAACCAGUUGAAUCAGAAUCUACUGAAAUUGCUGAAGGUACUGAAUUAUCAAAUGAAGAAAUUAGUAGAGCUAUUGAAGCCGAUAAUGAUGAAGUUGAAGAAGAACAAGAAGGAGAUGAUAAUGAAAAUGUUGAAGAAGCUCAAUUAGAUGAAUUUGAAAGUAAAAACAAAAGUACUGGUGAUUUAUUAGCUCAACCAUCAAGAUUUUUAUCUCCAACUUCAACUUUAUUUUCUAAAUUUAUAUUCUUUGUUGGUCGUGAAGUUCCAUUAGAUAUUUUGGAAUUUUGUAUUGUCUCUAGUGGAGGUUCUAUUGUUUCAGAAAUUGCAUUAGAUGAUUUAAAAAUAAAUAAUCCAACUGCUUUUAAGAAAUUGGAUUUAUCUAAUAUCACUCAUCAAAUCAUAGAUAGACCAAAGAUAAAUCAAAAAGUUCCAGGAAGAACCUAUGUUCAACCACAAUGGGUCUUUGAUUGUAUAAAUAAGAGUGAAUUAUUAACAGUUAACUCAUAUGCUCCAGGUGAAACGUUACCACCACAUUUAUCUCCAUGGGGAGAUGCUGGUGGAUAUGAUCCAUUAGCUGAACAAAAACCAAAGGAAGGUGCUGAAGCUGAAGAAGAGGAAGAAGAAGAUGAAGAAGUUGAUGAAGAUGAAGAUGCUGAAGAAGAAGAUGAAGAAGAAGAAGAACUCGAUGAAGAAGAAAGAGCCGAACUCGAAGCUCAAAAAGAAUUAGAAAAGGAAGUAGCUGGUGUCACUUAUUCUGAAACUGCUGAAGAAGAAAAAGCUUCUACCAAGAAAUCUAAAGGAAAGAAGAGAACUUCAGAAGAAGAUGAAGAAAAAGAAUUAAAGAAGAUUAUGAUGACUAACAAACAACGUAAAUUAUACAAGAAGAUGCAAUAUGGUAUUGAAAAGAAGGAAGCUAGACAAGAAGAAUUAAGUAAGAAGAGAAGAAAGAUUGAAAAGACUAAAGCUGAAUUAAGUAAAUUAAAUAAAAAGUAGUUAUCUUCGAUUACGAAUUGUAUAUAUAGUUAAAUCACACAUUACAUUAGAGAAAGAAU